AUGCUUGGCAAAGAAUGGAGUGCUCUGUUGAAACUGAUUCAGGAUGUUUCAGCGGUUUUCUCUAUUGUGAUCAACACUUUCCUGAUCGCCUUAAUUCUGACAAAAUCCCCAAAACAGUUGGGCGCGUAUAAAUGGCUAAUGAUCUACAUUUCGGUUUUUGAGAUUUUUUACUCAAUUCUGGAUGUGGUGCUAGUUCCGCAACACUAUUCCCACGGUCCCACAUUUCUGGUCAUCGUUGGUCUUAAGGACAAACUGUUCGGCCCCGCAGGCCUCCUUAUUCUGAAUUCCUGCUACUGGGGAUGCUUCGGUGCAUCGAUGGCAGUUUUCGCUGUUCAUUUUGUCUACCGAUGGCUUGUUGUUACUGAGCACCCAUUGCUCGAGACAUUUAACGGAUGGAAAAUCUGGAUUUGGUUCUCGGUUCCUAUGUGGUACGGGUUGACUUGGAUAUGCACCGGAUAUAUUCUCUCGGCACCAAAUGAGCACACCUCGAGAUUUAUAAAGGACAAUGUAAAAGAGAUAUUCGACUUGGAAUUUGAUGAAUAUGUCUACUUGGGGCCAUUUCUCUACGAGAAAACUGAUAAUGGAACUAUUGAUGUGCACAUUGUGCCAUUUAUUGGGUUGGGCAUAAUUUCUGGAACUAUUGUAUCAUCCAUCAUAAUCGUCCUAGUCUUCGGUAUUCUUUGCUACCAAAAAAUCAAUAAACUAGUUGCCACUACUGCAGCUUCUGCCAAACUCAUCAAGCUUCAGCGUCAACUGUUCUAUGCCCUUGUUAUCCAAACCCUAGUCCCUUUCAUCUUAAUGCAUAUCCCAGCAGCAAUAAUGUUUGCGUUCGUUUUCCUGGACAUUGAUCUAGGCGUCUACAGUGCUGUUGUAUCAAUGACCAUUGCAAUUUAUCCGGCAGUUGAUCCUAUUCCGACGUUGGUUAUUGUUGAGAAUUACAGAAAAACCAUUAUCAGGUACUUGAAACUAGAUUGUGUCAAAAGAUCUUCAGUAGCUGUAGCAACUUCCACGACAGAAGCAAGAUCUGCAAAAGCUUCAGAUCCCGUUCCAUCUUAA